UUGAGGGAGAGAGAGACGAGAGCAGAGCGGGAGAUAGAAAGAUACAAGGAGUGUGAUGGUUUGCACUCACAAACCACACAGUUAGGCAGGGAGGGAGUGCAACAGAGUUGUUGAGAGGAGGAGUAUUCACGGACCAGUUUAUAUGGAUGGUUAAGAAAAAAUGGGAGAAAAGGGGAGAAAAAGAAGAAUCCCACCAGCAUCACUGUCAGGACUAAUCUCUGUGGACUUGUUUUUUUCUGCCCAGGACUCCGGAAAGAAAGAACAUCUGUCAGUUGUGUGACCCUUGUGUGGUCAUCACUAUUCAAUCCCACUUCUUGGAUUACAGCGAGAAGGAGCAGAAGAUAACCAGCAGGUUUUAUCGGUCGACCUAGAUUGUUACAGAGCUGUGAGGAAAGAAGACAGCAUUGAGCACGGACCAGCUCUGGAGCAUCUGUGUUUACCCUGCAUGGUCAUUGUGAAAGAAAGAUGCGAGGCUGAAGGACGGACAGAUGAUCUUGUAUGCAGCUCCUCCAUCCUAAAGUUCAACUGUUGUCUAGGAUUUCUGGUGUCUGAUGAACUCACUUCCACUACCUCAUGAGGAUGACCUUCUCCCCAUAUCGCUUAAUCAAGCUCCGUCCUGUUCACAUAUAAAUACUAGUGAUCACAAAUGUCACAGUGAUCGCACAUGUCAUGGUAAUUGGACACACAUGCAAUCUAAUAAUCUGCUCUACUAACGCCAUAACCAGUGAUUGAGGGUACAGCAUGCCGAGGGGCAAACCAGAGACCUUUGCUCGAUAUACAAGUCAAUGGCGGCUGGAGCCAGGCGUACAGAGACUGAUGAGAAAGGUGGAGAGUGAAGGCCUGUUCCAUUAAAGCUCCCAGGGGAGAGACAUGGGCCUGGACACUGCCUGGAUAUACUGACCUCUCCUGGAUUCAUGCUGCAUAUUACUAUGGUAUAAACUGGGGAACGUUUAAGACCGGCUGGAGUACAAGCUGAUGGAUGUUACUUCUUUUUGUAUUUACUGAUCUGACUGCUUUCUUUUAACCAAAGACAAAAAUAAACAAGAAGCAAGAAUUUGGAUCAUACUUUGAGCGGUGAAUUUUAGCACAGUCUGUGUUUCUUUGUUUUCUUGGUUGGCUUUGUCUUUCCUUCCUGGAAAUAUCAUGAGAUUAUAAACAGGAGGUUGCUCUGACAUCUCAUCCCUGUGUCUCUCAUCCAUCAGUGCGGCCAAGAGUUCUGGGAAAGAAUUCUGUGCAACAAUAGCCCAUUUCCUCUACACUACACACGGCGCAAGGUGGCUUAGCUUGCUUGCCAUUUGGGUUACGAAAAAGCUUGUUGACAUUCUUAAGGGAGGCGGACAGGUGCUUUUCUGGCUGUCAGUUUCUGUGGGACUGACGGGCAGUAAAAGGAAAAGCCUCACUGGGGGGCUCUGCUGGAGUGGAAACACUUUUCCACAGGCUAUGUUUGGAUGUGAUGCUCGUCUCUGUGGAUGUAACAUGGACUUUAUGGCCUGAUUACACAGCCCUGGUAUUCAGAUAGUGUCAGAAAAGGAUAAUGCAUAUUCUUCCCUACCUGAAACAAGAAGCCACCAUGAGCAACGUCACCGUCACAGACAACACUGAACCCAUCAGCCGCACCAUGAGUCCGGCGACCCCCACCCCUUAUACCUACCCGGUUAGUUUCCAGGUCUCCCUGACUGGCUUCCUCAUGCUGGAAAUCCUCCUGGGCCUGAGCUCUAACCUCACUGUGCUUGCCCUCUACUGUAUGAAGUCCAACCUCAUAAGUUCUGUCAGCAACAUCGUCACUAUGAACCUCCACGUGUUGGAUGUGCUGGUCUGCGUUUGCUGCAUCCCCCUCACCAUUGUGGUGGUGCUGCUCUCUCUGGAGGGAGACACUGGUCUCAUCUGCUGCUUCCAUGAAGCCUGUGUUUCCUUUGCGAGUGUUGCCACUGCUGCUAAUGUGCUUGCCAUCACCCUGGAUCGUUACGACAUCUCGGUCAAACCAGCCAACCGUGUGCUGACCAUGGGCCGUGCCCUGUCCCUGCUGUCUGCCAUCUGGGUGCUAUCCUUUAUUAGCUUCCUCGUUCCCUUUAUUGAGGUUGGCUUCUUCGCACAAGGCCCAGCUGAGCUGAACCAGACUGUGGUAGAGGAUGUGGUCCAGACUAACCAGUACUUCACAGAACUUGGCCUCUAUUACCACUUGCUUGCUCAGAUUCCUAUUUUCUUCUUUACUGUCGUUGUCAUGCUGAUCACCUAUUCAAAGAUCCUGCAGGCACUCAAUAUUCGCAUCGGCACACGUUUCCACGCCUCACAGAAGAAAAAGGCUCGCAGGAAAAAGCGUCCAUCCAUGACAGCCAUGACUCCGCAGCAAGAGGCCACAGACGGAUCCCAGAGCAGUGGGAGCCGCAACCCCACACUGGGUAUGCGUACCUCUGUCUCUGUCAUCAUCGCAUUGCGCAGGGCUGUUAAGCGCCACAGAGAAAGACGAGAGCGCCAAAAGAGGGUCUUCAGGAUGUCCCUUCUUAUUGUGUCCACUUUCCUGCUGUGCUGGACACCCAUCACAGUGCUCAACACAGUCAUCCUGAGUGUGGGUCCCAGUGACCUCAUGGUCAAGUUGAGACUGGGAUUCCUGGUCAUGGCUUACGGGACAACUAUCUUUCACCCACUUCUCUAUGCCUUCACGAGGCAGAAGUUCCAGAAAGUGUUGAAAAGUAAGAUGAAGAAGCGAGUGGUGUCGAUCAUUGAGGCAGAUCCUACUCCUAAUAACGCCAUCAUCCACAACUCCUGGAUCGACCCAAAGAGGAACAAAAAGGUGACAUUUGAGGACAAAGAGGCCCAACAGAAAUGUCUGUCCUCUGAGGAUGUGGACUGAAGGAACUGAUUACCUUUAGGGUAUAUACGGUCAAUAAAAGCAGCUAAAACUGACAUCAUCAGGAUGAAAAAGGGAAAAUGUUUAUCCAAAGCAGAAUUGUAAAUAAUAUGUGCAAUAUAAUGUACAAAACAAGACCUGAAUAAUUUAUUACUAUUUAUUGAGAACAAAAGUAGGUUUCAUAGAUACAACAUAUAUUGUACUGUAGAUAUUGCAUGGCUUUUUGUAACAGUAUCAACAUAGUCUACAGUAAAUUGUGUACAUACAUAAAACAUGUACAGCAUAGGGUAAAACAAGGUAUAUAAAUAGACAGAGAAGUAGAAAUAGUAUUGUAUAUGUAUAUUUAUAAUAAAUCUUGUGUUCACUCACCUAACACAGCAAAGGCUUCCUAUUCUCCCCUCCCCCAGGUUAAGUGUUUGUGAUUCUGUAACAGCUGUGAGAUUACUCCCAUCCAUCAUGAAGCCACUUGCUCUGACACUAGACCCUGUACUCCCCCAUGACCACUGACCUCAUUGCCUCGGAGCCCUCAUCUCAUUUGGGACUCAAAUGUAGGUAUGAGGAUGCAACAAAGACAGAUCAAAUUGGAAGGAACGGAAGGAAAGUAGUAGAGUGUAGGAAGAUGUUACGUGGAUAUAAAUGAACAGCUGCGAGGUGUCUGUUCCCAAUCACCGGUUUGAGUGUUUAAAAACACUUGCACACACACACACACACAACAGAACUCCAUGGUUCUUAUCACUUUGUUUGACUUAGACCAGAUGUAAUCAACGUUCAGUCUGUUUUACUCUAACAGUCACCUCUUUGCGCCAAAUGGAAAAUUUACGGUUGCCUUAUGUUGGUUUGAUGAAUUGAGAAUGACUUUAUGGUGUGACAAAAGCAGCCCCUUUUUAAACACCAGAAAAAAUCACAAGUAUCACUCUGAGAGAAAAAAAACUUUGGAUUUGAUCUUUUCAAAUAUUACUUCUUCAAUCAAAAUGACACAAAAUGUUUACUACCGUUCUAUUUUUUCAAAUUGUCUGAUUUUAAUAACACUAGUCUUACAACAGGCUCUCUGAAUAAGCAAAUCCA